UAUGUUUUCAGUGUUGCAUUAACAUUUCUCCAGCAUUCUUGUUGUAUAGUGUCAAACCGUGAUUAACUUUCCUGGUGCUUUCGUGUAGAGCCUAACGCGAAACAAAUAAUUCUUCUUUUUUUCACUCGAUCGUCAAAAUUUUGAAAGACUAUUUAAACAUAGAUAUGGACGUGAGUCUACUACUGCAACAUUCGCAAUAUGGAAUACCUGUGGUUUGCGUCCUGGUUUGCGCCAUCCUUGUCUUCGUCUUCGGCUUCAAAAAAGCCGAGCAGCCACCUUUCGCUCAUCUCUCCGUUACUUCAGACGUGGACCGGAAGCUAGCCAACAAAAAACGAAGUAAAACCAAGGAAAAGAAAGCCGCUAAUGGACAGCUAGUCACCGAGAAAGCGAGUCCUGCAAAGAAGACGGUUAUCGCAAAAUCAGAAACAACAAAAAAGUCAUCGAAAAAUGAUGAUGUCGAUGGCAAAUUAAAGGAGAAGAAGCAAGAGGACGAUAAACCCGUCGUCAUCAAGAAGGAAAAAAAUCACGAGGCUAAGUCGGGAAAGGAGAAUAAAGUCGAGCAGGUGAAAAAUAAGAAGAACCUGAAGAAUCUUCUACAGGAGAAACCAGUUGAUUUUGACGAAGGUGAUUGGGAACAAGCCUACUCGCGAAAAGACAAAAAGAACAAGAAGAAGGAGGAAGACACCCCAUCAAAGAAAUCAAAGAAGAAUGCAAAGAAAGCUGAAUUGAUUAAUGAAGUAGCCGUUAAAGAAAAGGAUCAAGAGAAACCAGAGAUUAAAGACAAAGUUGCCAAAGAGACCGAAAAUAAAGAAUUAAAGGAGAAGGAUAACAAAGACGUUGUUCUUACACCCAUCAUCAGUGACAAUCUCGAGACUGAGAAGAAAGUGGAGAAGAAAGCCGAAAUUUCCAACAAGGUCGAAAAGCCCGAAAAACCCGAAAAGGAGGAGAAGAAAACUAAAUCCAAGAAGUCGAAGAAAAACAGUGAAUCUGAAAAAGUAGCUGCUGCUGUAAAAUCAGAACCAAAAAUUAUCGAGAAGAAGGUGGAGGAGGUCAUCGUCAAGGAUGUGCCGGAGCCCAUUAAGAGCGAGCAGGUAGUGGAAAAACCUGUUGCUGCUUUUGACGAAUUAGGAGAUGUCUGGACGGAAGCGAAACCCCAAAAGAAGAGCAAAAAGAAGGCUCGUAGAGAUAAUUAAAUGAAAUCAAGUGGACAAAGCAGUGUUGCUUGAAUAGGAAGUAAAAAAAGAAGACCUCUUUGGCUCAGGAGAGACUGUCACAAUGACUAAAAAUCAAGUGAGAGAGAGUUUAUAAAGCAUUCGUUAUUCACUUGACCAAAAUUUUCUUCUCCCCUUGUACAUAGUACCAAAAGGAUCGAACUCAAAGAUCCAUUUAGAAAGUAUAAGUUGUACUGCAUCACAAUCGCAAGAAAAAAAAAAGUCAAAUUUCUUUCUUUAUUGUCAUUGACUUAUUGCUGUAUAAACUUCAUGCUGCCUUAUAUAUAAAAUACGUGGGGGAUAAGUCACAAGUUUACAUAUAGAAAUAAUUAAUGAUAGCGUGUUACAAUAUUAUACACAUAAUUUACUUUACAUAAGUUGAAAGAAAAAAAAGUUUUAAAAGUUCAUAAUUUAGUAGAUUAAAUUCCUGGUUUUUUUUUCAAGUAAUAACAAUAAUCAUUUAAACUUUAAAGAUUCUUUACACUUUUUUUUGUCAAUCUUGGGUGUAGUUUAAAUUUAUUAAAGAACAAAAGUUACUUUUUUUUGCAAAGUUAACUAAUUUAAUUGAUAAUUGAAUGUGAUCCAAGAAUCGAAAUAUGUCUGAAUGAUUUUAAUAGAAUAAAAAUAUUUUCCUAGAUUUGUUCUAUUUUUUGUAAGGAAGGAUAAAUUUAAAAAAAAAAAAUCAGCAACUUUGCUCAACUUCUUUUUCUGUUUAAAUACAUUAAGUUCUUUUAAAGAAAGGAAAUGUGUGGGAAAAGAAUUUUUUUUAACUCAAAAACUAAUAAAUAAACUUGUGUAUCGCUCUCUGAAAAAUCCUGACUUCCAAAUAAGUAACUAGGGAACAGAAUUUUGAGAAAUUUUUUGCUUUGAGUGAGAAAAAAUGUAUGUCAGGAUUUUCUAUAUAUCAUAAAAAUCUUUUUUUUUUCUCUAAAAUAUUUUGAUGUAUGUGUAUGUGCAAUCAAUAAUGAACGUUGAAACUACGAACAAUCGAGUGUAAUAUUUGCAAAACUUUAAUCAAACUUGAAUGUGUCUGUUGGACUUAAUUGAAAAAGUCGAAACUUUAUAAAUAUAGUGUAUUUCUGAUGUUCAUCGAAUAUGUAUGUCGAACAACAGGAUAGUCAAAAAAAGAAUUUUUCUUCUUUGGCAAUCUAUAGCGUCCCCUGUUGAAUAUAAGAAGUGCUGUGGUUUAUUUUUAAAAAAUGAAAAAAAGUGAAAAUGAAAAUUGCGAAAGAAAAAAAAUAAGAACUUUUGAGAAUUUUGAUAUUCUCUAAAUACGUCUUUUUCUCUUCAAUUUCUACAAGACGUUAUUUUUUUGAUCUUUUUCUAAGAAAAGAAAGAAUUUCAAAUUUUUAAUAAAGCACUAUUUUUUCUAUUCCUUUAAAUUUUUGAUUAAAAAAAAAAGAAAGAAAUGUUUGUGAUAGUAAUCAUGUUUAUGUCUUUGAAAUUGACAAAUAUUUUUUGCAUCGAUAAUAGUCAUUGUUCUGCAAAUAAAAUUGCAACCAAGUUAAUUAAUGCAUUUUGUAACAAUAAUAGUAAGACAAGUAGAUCACGAUUCUCAAAAAUUCUUAUCAUCCUGAAUAAUGAGAAGAGAACAGUUUUUUGUAAAUGAAAAUCAAUUUUUUUUAUUGAAUAUCCGUUUGUGAUUGUCUAAUUUUGUUCGUUCUUUCGAAAAGAAAGUGUUUGAAAAUUUUUUGUUACGUGAACUUUUUUUUGUUCAAAACAUUUUGAUGUGCAUUAAAAAAAAAACGUUUCCAAAAAUUAUUUUGUGUAGGAAAAAAAAUCAACACUGAAAAAUUGUAUUAAAUUCAAUUAAUCGACUGACUUGAUUGGAAAUUAAAUUUUUUUUUUAUUAAAUAAUUAAAUGGAGAAAUUAGAAGUAGACUUUGAGUUAAUGUUAAUUUAAUAUUGAUGAUUGAUAAUUAAUAUUAUAAUAAUGUAUUAAUAAUAAUUAAUGAAUAAUGUCAAGAAUCAAGUAUGCAGUCGAUUAGUUCUAUUGAAUAGAACAUUUAAUCGCAAGUGUAGAUUUUGGUAAAUUAUGUCCCGGUGUAAAACAAAAUUGUACAUUUUCGUAUUGUUAUUUUGUGUAAUGAAUUUUGUCAUCAGUUGUUUCUUGCCAAUGUGCCAAAAUUGGUUGCGCUAAGUCAUGUGAAAUGGGGUAUCGACAGAGAUUAUAAAAUAAAAAAAAAAACUUUUAUUCUAUUCACUGUCCACUAAAUCAGAUUUUCAUUUCAAUUUAUACAUUUCAUUUUAAAUUUUUCAAUUCAUUUUCAUUUCAUCGUUUGACUUUAAUUCACACUUUAAUUCUCAGUUUUCAUUUAAUUUUAUUUUCAAUGCAUGUUUGAAGAAUAUUUUAUUAAUCAAUAAGAUAAAAAUCAUAUUUUGAACAUUAAAAGAAAUUGCUGAUCGAUAUCCUAUCAAGUGUUAUAGACUGUCGCUUGUUGAAGCAAUUUUCACAUUUUCUACGUGUUUUAAGGUGCAUAUUUUAAUUUUGAUAAAGUAAUAUAUAUAAUUCAAAAGUAGAAAAAAACAUCGUCCAAGUAGAAAUUCCUGUGUGAUUUAUAUUAGAUACUUGGAGUAUGAACAUUGCUUCACCUUUGAAUGGAUUGAAAACGACCAAAAAAAAAAAAUUGAGAAAUGAAAGAAAAGACUCAAAGUAGUUCAGAUUGAACAGACUUGUGUAUAAUUAUAUAGUUCGUACAUACAAAAACACAAGAAUUGAAAUAAUUUCUUUCGGAAUGUACUUAAAGAAAAGAAAUUUUCCAGAUGAAAAAAGACAACAUAUUAUUGAACAUCAAAUUGUCCUGAAUUAAGGCUUAAAUUAAAAAAAAACAAAAUGAACGUAGUACUUGUAUUUUUGUAAAACGUAAAAACAAAAGUAACUAACAAAUAUUCAUUGUAAUUGUAUAUUAUACUUAUUAUUAUUAUAUAUAUAUGAAUACCCUGUGUAUAAUCAUAACACACAAAUUAUCUUUACUCGGCGUUAUAGCUCGUAUAAAGACAUGAUGAUGAUGAUGAUGAUGAUGAUAAAGUUGUACAUUUGUUAGAAGAUAUUUUGAAUAUAACAUUACAAUUGUACAUAAUUCUUCUAGAUAAGACUUUGGUUUAGACUCAGAAAAAUAAAAGCAAUUUCGCUCUUCUGAUCAGUCUUGGAAGAGAUAAAAAAAAAUCUAGAAGAACGUUGGAUUGAAAUAUAAUAAUAUUAAGUGGGAAUUUUUGUGUUUUUAAGGUUUGAAUCUAAGUUAUCAAUUUUUUUCCGUUGGAGAGAAAUAUGUUAACUUUUUAAAAGUCCGAUAUAAUUGUGUGUAAUAACGCAAUAUCUGUACGAAAUAACUCAAAUGUAUUGUCGUUGUAGCAAUUUUUAGAAACUCCAUCCAGGAAUUCAUAAUUUUAGCUAGAUAAUAUAUGUUAAGGAAAAUCUGAUAUGAAAAAACUAUUUUUUUUUCUUUUGUGUCCUGUAUGCAAUUUUUUGGUCGAAUGUACAAAAUAAUUCCUCAAUAAGAAAUAUGUUCUACAAAAGUA